CAUUCAAGUCAGAGAUUUCCAAGUAGGGGGUGUGUUGGAAGGACUUCUGAGGGCAGCUUGCCCUGGAAGAAUGGGGGAAAGGCGCCGUGCGUUGCUGUCCCCGAGGACAUCUGUGUAGCUCCCUGGGAGACCCUCUGCCCUUUCCCCCUCCCACCAGCCCAGCAAGCAGGGACCCAGCCUGCUUAUUAUCACCUGACGCUGCGCAGCCACUGAUCCCAUUGGUGGAGCCAGAUUCGGUCUGGCUCUCUCGUUCUUUCUCCCUUCUCUGCCUCUCUCUCCUCCACGCUGCUUCGAUUUUGCUCUUGCCUCUCUUCUUGCGCUGCUCGGCUGGGAACAUCGUCUCACCAGGGGCAGCAGCGACGCGCUGCACAGCCAGAUAGGAGCUGGCUGCGGGGCAUGGAAGCAGCCUCCUUGGCAGCCGGGAGAGGAGCGAGCACACGCCACUGUCUGUGACCCAGGUGUCCGGCCGCUGUCCCCUGCCUGGGAGCUCAUCCACACAGAGGUCUCUCCCUGUCCUCCCUGCCGGCUAUUCCUUUACAGAGCCCAGUGGAGCCAGUCCCCACAGGAGACAACCCUGGGAGCAUGGAGCUGCUGUCCACACCACACAGCAUCGAAAUCAACAACAUCACCUGUGACUCCUUCCGCAUCUCCUGGGCCAUGGAGGACAGUGACCUGGAGAGGGUCACCCACUACUUCAUUGACCUCAACAAGAAGGAGAAUAAGAAUUCCAACAAGUUCAAGCACCGGGAUGUCCCCACCAAGCUCGUGGCGAAGGCAGUGCCACUGCCCAUGACGGUGAGAGGCCACUGGUUCCUGAGCCCCCGCACGGAGUACAGUGUGGCUGUGCAGACAGCAGUGAAGCAGAGUGACGGGGAGUACCUGGUGUCCGGCUGGAGCGAGACGGUGGAGUUCUGCACUGGGGAUUAUGCCAAGGAGCACCUCGCUCAGCUGCAGGAGAAGGCCGAGCAGAUCGCAGGCCGCAUGCUCCGCUUCUCCGUCUUCUACCGCAACCAUCACAAGGAGUACUUCCAGCACGCCAGGACCCACUGCGGGAACAUGCUGCAGCCCUACCUGAAAGACAACAGCGGCAGCCACGGCUCCCCCACCAGCGGCAUGCUCCACGGGGUCUUCUUCAGCUGCAACACGGAGUUCAACACGGGCCAGCCCCCGCAGGACUCCCCCUACGGCCGCUGGCGCUUCCAGAUCCCGGCCCAGCGCCUCUUCAAUCCCAGCACCAACCUCUACUUUGCGGACUUCUACUGCAUGUACACGGCCUACCACUACGCCAUCCUGGUGCUGGCGCCCAAAGGCUCCCUGGGGGACCGCUUCUGCCGCGACCGCCUGCCCCUCCUGGACAUUGCCUGCAACAAGUUCCUGACCUGCAGCGUGGAGGACGGAGAGCUGGUCUUCCGCCAUGCCCAGGACGUCAUCCUGGAGAUCAUCUACACCGAGCCCGUCGACCUGUCCCUGGGCACCCUUGGGGAGAUCAGCGGGCACCAGCUUAUGAGCCUGUCUACUGCCGACGCCAAGAAGGACCCCAGCUGCAAGACCUGCAACAUCAGCGUGGGCCGCUAGGGACUCCUGGGGAGCUGGGGGGCGAGGGAGAGAUGAGCGCAAGGUGAAGGUGGGUGGCCCAGGUUCAGGGAGCUGGCUUUCUCUCUCCUGCCCCCCUGCUCCUUCCACGCUGCCCAGCUGCCCUCCCCUCGCCCCUUGGCAUUGGAGGCAACCGAUGGUGGUCCUCUUGGUAAGUGUGGCCCACCCCCCGGCCUGGCGGACGUGGAAAGGCUUCUCGGCCCCCGUAGUGGGCGGCUGGGCCGGAUUUCCGGAGAACUUCCCCUCUCCUCUGGUUUCCUUGUCCUACUGUUGUUUGCCGCAUCCAGGUCUCUGUCUCCCAAAGACCCGCCCACCUCCUGGGCUCUCCCAGGGAAGCCUCUCUGGGCCAAAGCCCACGUGUAGCGUGGCUGCCUCCAGAGGAGAUGCAGAGAGCUGUGGGGCGAUCUUUCUCAGUCGCACUCACCCCACUCAGGGCCAACCACAGAAUGCCCCCUCCCUGCUGAGCUGGGUCUCUGGGGCUUCCCACUCCAGGCCCGGACCCCCUCCCCCUAUAAAUAGUCUCCUGCACCACCGUGACGCCCUGGCUGCUCCUUGCCCCAAAGAACCCUCUUCCUGCAUGGGAGAGCUGUCCCUCCCCUUCUCUACCUGCCCACCAGGAUGCUCCCCCCUGCUCUCUAGAAAGGAACUCUUUUUUUCUCUUGGCUUUGGGGGGCUUCAGGCUGUCAGACGUUUCCUUCCUUCCACACCCCAGCAUACCUGCUCCUUGCUUAGAGCGCUGGGGUCUGAGACAGCAGCCACUGGGGUUGAGGAGGGGGAGAAGACCCCUGAGACCCAGAGGUGCCCCUUCCUCAGCCGGGAGUGGGCCGCCUAACGCUCAGCGGGGGCCUGGCAUGGAACGAGAGACCUGCAGGCUGUCCCGCGGGCUCCGGCGCCCCGCCCAGCUGUGCACUUUGCUCACUCGCUCUGCCCCGGUGCCGUGACUGUCCUGUGCCCAUGCGUGACCUGGACUGUGGACUCUCUGCUACUCUGCCUGUCCCCUGCCCACUGGCGCUGUCUGCUCUCCUGCCACGCUGCUGGCUGGGAGCCCCUCCCUGAGGAGUUCUUGGCAAAGUCCUUCUCGGGCCUCCUUGUGUUUUUGCCUCAUUCCUACUGUCGCACAGGUCAUGAGGGUGGACUCCCUAAGAUCAGCAAAGCCAACAGAAAGAGCCUGGGGGAGUGGCUGAGGGCAGCAGUGGGCUGCAUGGGGGAUGAUGGAGGUGCCAUCAGGCGGAGGCGAGUGCAGCCUCACGGUGACUUUCUCAGAGGUGACAGAGAUGACGGAUGAGCGGCUGGAUUUCUGUAAUGAAGGACGGAGGCAGUGACGGGCUGGCAAGAGUGGCAGGUGGACAGCGGUCACCUCUCUGUAGUCAGGGGGAGUUGCAUGGCCAGCUGUCUCUCUGGGAUAGGUCAGGAGGCCUGGAGGUUCUGGGAGAGGUGUUGAGAAGGAGAGAACAGGGCCCCAGGCCCUUUCCUUCCCCCUGGGCUGACAGCAUUGCUGUCGGGGUGGCCUGCUGCCCUUCCCUGGCCCUCAUGUCCCCUCAGGGCUGGGGUCUGCCUGCCUGUGCUGUGCUUGCGACGUGCAUCAAUAAACCACCGUGGCCUGAGGGCCCUGCUCGUCUCAGUCCA